CUUCGCGCCACAUCCAUCCAGGAGAUCGAGGCGGCCACGUCGCUACCAAGCUCCACCUGCAAAUAACCAAAUCUCUCUCUACCCGCGCGCCUCUCCGGUUCCGGUUGGUUGGCGACCGAUCGGCGGGCGAAGCAACCAAGGGAGGACCAAACCCUUGGUUGCACCGCCGCGCCCGGGAGGGAGGUAGGUGAGGCGGCGGAGGAUGCCGUACUGCGUGGUCAGCCACGGCGACCCGGCGGCCGGCGGCGAGGGCGACGUGCGGAUUUUCUACCAGAGAUACGGCCAUGGCGGCACCAAGGUGCUCCUCAUCAUCGGGUUCGCGGGGACGCACGAGUCGUGGGGCCCGCAGGUGAAGGGCCUGACGGGCGCCGUGGAGCCCGUCGACGAGGAGUCCCCCGCCGGCGACGACGCCGGUGGCGCCGCCGACGAGGGCGUCGAGGUCUGCUGCUUCGACAACCGCGGCAUGGGCCGCAGCUCCGUGCCGCCGCACAAAUCGCACUACACGACGGUGAUCAUGGCCAAGGACGCGUUGGCGCUCAUGGACCAUCUGGGAUGGCGAAAGGCGCAUCUUUUCGGUCACUCCAUGGGAUCCAUGAUAGCUUCCAAGUUGGCCGCCAUUGCGCCGGAGAGGGUCGCGUCGCUGGCGUUGCUCAACACCACCGGAGGUGGCUACCAAUGCAUCCCCAAGAUUGAUUGGCAGACCAUAUCCCUCGCGUGUCGUUUUCUAAGAGCAAGAACUCCGGAGCAGAGAGCUGUUGUUGAUCUUGAUGUUCAUUACACGAGGGAGUUCCUUGACGAAAUUGUUGGAUCAAAUACCAGAAGACAAAUGCUUUACCAGGAAUAUGUGAAAGGUUUGUCAUCAUGCGGAAUGCAAUCAAGACAUGGAUUUGAAGGCCAACUGAAUGCCUGUUGGACGCAUAAGCUUACACAGAAAGAACUAGACCGGAUUCGUUCAGCAGGUUUUCUUAUUUUAAUUAUUCAUGGAAGGGAUGAUGUUGUUGCUCAGUUGCAUCAUGCAAGGAGACUUGCAGAGAAGCUCCAGCCUGCUGCUAAGCUGGUUGAACUCCAUGGAGGCCACCUAGUGAGCCAUGAAAGAUCAGCUGAGGUUAAUAUGUCCCUCAUGGAGAUGAUAAAAGCAUCAAAAUCAAAUACAGAUCAGGAGGAAUGGUCAAACCUUCCUAAGAAAUCCAAUGAUCAACUUCUUGCUGGAUCAGAUAAUCGUGUAGCCAGACGAGAAUGCAACAUCAUUGUUCUAUACAAUCUGCAACUUAUUUUGCUUUUCUUGUUUGGGGCAUUUUAUAUUAUUCUUGAGCAUGCUAGGAGGGUCCUGAGAGUUUUGAAGCCUGUAAGAGUAUCAGCUACCAGCUUAUAGUCAAACAAGUUAGGGCUUUUAUUGCCUAGGGUAUUUUCGAUGUCUUCGGUCCCAUUUCCGAAUUUUGCAGCAGCAUAGAAAAUCUCAUUAACAAAGAAUUUCAUGCAGCAGAGAAAUUAAUGGGUGUGUAAUUGAGAUAUAAGGUCAUCGAUCCUUCGGGAAAGUGUCAAUUUGAAGAGUUCUGAAUUUUAUGGUAUUUGUUGUAAAGGGUUCAGAUUACAGGUUUGUCCUUCAAAGAAUUGUGUUGUAACUUAUCUCCUUUUAUUAAUGUCGGGGGAAUGUUGCCUGCAAUCUAGUAAGGAUGUCUGUUGUACAAAAUAUAAAUGGAGUAUGCAAUUUUCCCAUGAAAUGUUCCUUUUUCAUUGC